GGCAUGUCAAGCGGUGCCAUGUCCGCACCCAGGAUACGAACCAGCGAAUCCUGGACCGCUGAAGCAGAAUGUGCGCACCGGGCUGGUCCCAGAAAGUACCACGUUAUUUCAUGAAGAGAACCCAGAGUCAUGGGAUACUGAAAAGCCACUCCAUCAAGAGAAAUCUGGGGGAAGCUGGAAACCAUCAAGUUAUUGAGGCCACACGGGGCAGAAGACAUAGAGAUGUUGCUAUGAGGACAGAUUCACCAGAAAUGACUGAUGUGGAGCCUAUGGUCAACAAUUUUGCAUCUUCAGCAAGGACAGGCCGCCGGAAUGCUGUACCAGACAUCCAGGGCUCAGCUGCGACAGGCGGAACCUCAGAGUUGCCCCACAGACUGGAGGCUCUCUCCAUGAAGGAAGAUGUGAAAAAGAAAGGUGAAGAAACAACACAAGAUCAACUGAAAAAGCCCAACAAUGAAGCAAAAUGAAGGCUCACAACUUAAAAAAAGUGCUGAAUUUCUUCACGUUGGAAGAUGUAGUGGCUCUGCUCUCCUGAGACGUUUGAUCUGGUAGUAACUGUGGUAACAUUGCAGCCCUCAGCAACAUGUGUGUGCUACAUCAUUUUGUUGUGAUGCUAUUCACUUGGAUUGCAACCAUGAUGUCCAACGUAGGUUAUUAAAAGGCACAUCACUUCCAAAGUGCACCCAAAGAAAAGGUUGAAAAUGUAUGGUCGCUUAAAUACACAUUGUCUAUAAACCCAACAAAAUCCACUGUUCUUUUUGGAUUAAUUUAGCCAGAUGUAUUUUCAAUUCCAUUUUUAUGGUAACAAGUAAACCAUCUCUUGGUAGAUAUAAACCAAGCACAAUUAAUUUAAAACUUGAUGGAAUAUGUGGGAAAUUAUGUUUUUUAGGGAGAAGGAAUAAUAGAAUAGUCACAAAUUCAUGGCUAGAGGGUGUAGCUGUGUGAUCUUGGGCAAUUGCAUCAUGUCUCUAAUUCUCAGUUUUUAACUAGAAGUGCAUCAGUUUUUCCCCCAACCCUAGAAAGAUUUGGGAAAAUAGUAAAAGUUUGACAACCUAAACAUCUCUGGGAUGUUUUUGUCUGCUAUAUUUUGCCUCUAGUCUAUGCAUACUGUGAUUUUUUCAUGCGGACUCUUCAAAUGCAAAAUUUGCAACAAAUUGUUUAUAUAGACAUGCCUAUCAAAUGAAUUUCACUAUCUUCCUUAACUUUGAUGUGUGUAAGUGUCUGUAUACGUUUUUCUUUAAUGUGAAUUAUACAAAACACCUUACUAGUUGCUUUACACUAUCUGUUCUUAUUCUUAGGGCUUUUGUGUAUAAAUAUCUUGUCCCUAAAAUAAUUUCCUCAGGAAUGCAGACCUUAAUUUUUAUAUCUUUCCUAAAGUGGUAAAUAGGAGAAUAGGCACCUAAAUAUUUAGUGAAUGAUGUAAGUAGGAAUAGCAAAAUACUAGCUUUUAAUAUAUAUCGAAGUAUGUAUUUUAAAAGGAACAAAACCAAAACCAAAGCUUUAGUAAAUUUUGAUUUAUUAGACAUUUUAAGAAAAUAAUAGAAUUCUGAAUUUAAAAAAAUUUGACUAAUGAAUCUGUUUUCAUUUUCAGAUAUAUAUGCAUGCAUGCAAUUAUAUUUUCUUUGAUGUGACUUAGGCUAUGUCUGUGUACAGUAAUCAAAUAAA